AGGACCACAGAUAGUGUCAAAUUAGUGACAUGUUCUCGGGGGAUUAUUCCCACUCCGAAUUGGAGAUUUCUUCUGCAGACAGGUGUUGUUAACGCUGAAAUCUCCCAGCAGCGGGUGGAAUGGAGACCUAACAUAAGAUAGUCUGGUCUGAUGGUGUCGAGUUGCUAGCUGCUGAUGUAUAGAUAAGGUUUCGCAAGAGGGAACUCCGAUAUGGAAGUUACCGGUAAGCAGUGCUGGAGAUUUCUCGGGCUUUCCAGUUGGGUGUACUAGGUACACAUUUUAAGGGUAUGGAAAUGUAGGACCUUAAUGGAGCACAGAUACUCAUAUGGAGACCACCCGGCAACGAAAGGACCGCGAGUGAUAACCAUCGCAGCCGGUGGCCAAAACGGACACCGAUAUUGACAGCUUCUCACAAAUUAAUCUACCAGCUUUGUAACAGUUUUCGCCACGAUUACGAAAGACACGUCUUUCGUCGGCUUCAACCUGACCAAAUCUGGAUACGUAAUGUAAAAUGCCUAGCCUAGUUUGUGGGCACUGCUGACCACAAACAGGUAACAUGUUGUAAACAAGAUGAGUGAAUUGCGCAGCUGUCCAUCCGUGUGAUGAAAGCCCAGCGAAUCAACUAAACACAAUCCUGGCACCUUCGGUGGAUGUAAGGUGGAGAGACCAAUCUGGCAACGCUAUCGGGAGAAACUUCCUAUCGGCAGAAUCACUUCUAACUGGGAAAUGAACUUUGAUCCAUGCUCCGCACCCACUUCGAUGACAACUUCAAAUUCGGCUGCGGCCGCAACGUCCAGUCGCAAACAUUGUCAAGUAUAAUCUCUGUAAACAUCGAGAAACUUCAGAAUGAUCUACCCGUCAGUCUCGGAUAUUGAGAUAGAACCUGGAGCCCAAGAAAAAAGGGCGAUGGUGAAGCUCCUGCUUUCAGCACUCAGCCUCAGUCCAGAAAGGAGAUCUGCUCGAUGUGAGAAAGCUAGGGAGUGUAGUAGUACAUAAAUGGAGGAGAGAGCAGAGGAGAAUGCGAAUGAGCGGCGCCUCCAUUCUCGAAGUUUGGCUCGAUGAUCCGAUCGCCCUAAAAUGUCCAGACCAGAGGCUUACCAUGUCUUCAUUCAACUCAGUACGGUUCAUUGCAGUACCACUCUACGGUGCAUGGUUGCAGAACGAGAUCGGGAAGGGGAGUCCCGAUUAUGGCUUGCCGUCUUCCGGACGCUGGUCGCCCCUUACGGCUGAUAAAGUGCGUCUUCGCAGAACGAACGGACGUCCGGAAGGGCAGUCGUCAGAUCCCGGGCGCUGGUCUGGCAAUUGGGAUCUGACAAAGACUAGAUCUGGCUAACCGCUAACCAGCUGACUUUGUUGCAUUAGUGCAUUUGUAGUACGAGAGUUCUAGUCCAUACGGGUUCUCACUAUCUUUAGUUUGUUAAAGUUAUUUUGGAAUAAGUGUAUGCAUUGAUCAGCAUGAAAAAAUCAUUUAUGCAAUAUGUAGAGUAUAUAUCAUUUUGUUCCAAAUUUUAGUUGGGAUAAAUAUAAAGAAAUUCCUCGACAUAUGUCCCAUUGUGAUCAUCUGUGGACCUAGUUUCAUCUAUCCGCUUGCAA